UCCGAUGUUCUUUUCGGAAUGGUCGAAACGUUGCGUUUGUGCUGACUGCUGAGGAAAACGUGACCACAGCGAAGAUUCCGUCGUCGUGUGGCCGAUCGUGAUUCAACGGAACGUAUACGGGAGUGUUAUACAUGAUAUUGCAUCGCGUAUCAACGUACAUUAAGGCAGUCGCGCAACGGGAUGCAGUUAUCGAAGUAAAUCGACCGCAGUAACACGGGACACGGGGUAUUUUUCGCAUUAACACACGGGCACGGGCAUCCGGGUGCCGGCACAUAUCAAUAUACGGCGGAGCACGAAGGAUUGGUUAUUGAAAAAAUGGCGGCGGAAAUGCUAAGAACGGAGGGCAAGAAUCGAAUGAUGGUUUUUAAGAACAAAGGCAAAGAUCAAGAAGAAAUGAGAAGAAGGAGAAAUGAAGUAACAGUGGAGUUACGCAAAAACAAACGUGAUGAAACUUUACAGAAACGAAGAAAUGUGCCUAUAGAUUUAACGGACGAGGAAGACGUCGAUAAACAUCUCGUUGACCUAUCAAAAAUCAAUUUAAAAGAAUUAGUAAUGAAAGCUGCUAGUAAAGAUCCAACCGUUCAAUUACAAGCUGUGCAAUCGGCUAGAAAGUUAUUAUCCUCAGAUCGUAACCCACCGAUCGAUCGAUUAAUUGAUAGUGGCAUUUUACCUAUUUUAGUUGAUUGUCUCGAACAGCACAAUAGUCCAUCACUGCAGUUUGAAGCAGCGUGGGCUUUGACAAACAUUGCGAGCGGAACAUCAUCCCAGACGCAGGCGGUCGUAAGUGCUGGCGCGGUUCCACACUUCUUGCGUUUGCUGCUUUCGAGUCAACAAAAUGUUUGCGAGCAAGCCGUAUGGGCUUUAGGAAAUAUUAUUGGGGACGGUCCAGUGUCUAGGGAUUAUGUUAUCGAGCUCGGCGUUGUACGACCGUUGUUAAUGUUUAUUAAACCGGAUAUACCAAUUAGUUUUUUACGUAACGUAACAUGGGUAAUCGUAAAUUUAUGUAGGAACAAAGAUCCACCGCCACCUGUUCAAACUAUCAAAGAAAUUUUACCUGCUCUUAACAUGCUCAUUCAUCAUACAGAUAUCAAUAUUCUUGUCGAUACAGUGUGGGCAUUGAGUUAUCUGACCGAUGGUGGUAACUCACAAAUCCAGUUGGUCAUAGACAGCGGUGUAGUGCCCCGUCUUAUACCACUACUCUCGCACAAAGAAGUUAAGGUUCAAACGGCGGCUCUGAGGGCAGUCGGCAAUAUCGUAACGGGAACGGACGAACAGACGCAGGUCGUACUAAACUGCGACGCGCUUUCGUAUUUCCCUAAUUUAUUGACCCACACGAGGGAAAAGAUUUGUAAAGAAGCAGUUUGGUUUCUUUCGAACGUGACCGCCGGCAAUCAAUCCCAGGUUCAAGCGGUCAUAGACGCUGGAUUACUGCCACUUAUUAUUCGUAAUUUAGCGAAUGGUGAAUUCCAAACGCAAAAGGAAGCAGCGUGGGCAAUCAGCAACUUAACGAUAAGUGGCAACGAAGAACAAGUCGCGCGGAUGAUACAAGAAGGCGUGAUAGAACCAUUCUGUAACCUUCUCGAUUGUAAAGAUACUCAAGUUGUACAGGUUGUUUUAGAUGGUAUAAACAAUAUGCUCAAACUUGCUGGAUCGCAAUUUGAUCAAUUGGCCACUAUGAUCGAGGAAUGUUCAGGUUUGACUAAGAUCGAGGAGCUACAAAAUCACGAUAACAUAGAUAUUUAUAAGCUAGCGUUUGAAAUUAUUGAGCAAUACUUUUCGGGAGACGCGAACGACACGAGCGUGGAACCACAGACACAGAUCGUGGAGCCGAUAUUCGACUUCGAUAACACGCCAGGCGGAGGUUUUAAAUUCUGAGAGGGCCUCCAUUAUUUCUUAUGCGAUCGUGCCGUCCCCCGACAAACUCCAUUACGGAGCCAUUUUGCUUACCCUUUUCUAUUCUGUCUCAUUCUUGCUCCCGCGACACGUGGCAAUUCCAAUGCGCCACUGCUGAACCAAGAAUCACGUUUCUUUUCGCUAAUAAUUGAAAAAUGUAAUUAUUACUGGCCGGCACUCUGCCCCGGGAGAAAGGAGAUUGGAACGAGCCGCGGGCAAACUGACGAAGCGAAAAAGUUUCUUAUUCAUAUAAGAAUCUGCGUUCUAUUAUUUACUUUUUGAUUCUUUUAACUAUGUGUACGUUAACUGAUUUUCUUCGACUGCUCGUAAAUGAGAAAAAGAGAAAAUAAAUCAAUGGUGGAGCGAAAUUUAAUCGAAUGCAACCAGCGUGCAUUAUACCGACACUAAAUUAUUCUAGCGACUUAUUAUCAAUUAACGUGCUCUCUAAAUUGAAGAGCAAACAGCGAAAAGCAAGAGAAAGUAAGAAAAAAGGAAAGAAAGCUUUUUUUAUCGUUUGAUCGUGCUGCUCUCCACUCUAACUUGAAACGAGUCUUGGUUAGCGAUGUUACAUUUAUAAGACGAAUCAUGUAUAUUUUAGGCAUGUUAAAUUUAUAAUAUUCAUUACUAAAUAAAAAUAAAUCGAUUGAUUAUUCUUUAUUAGCUUAA